GUAAUCGCAUAUUAAGGGGAGCACUGAACUGUUCUGUAUCAAGGGAACGCAAUCGAGGUUUAUUUUUGAGAUCCUUGCGCAAGCAUGAAGAGACUGUGAGGAAGCGAUGUGAGGAAUGCGACAUAACAUAUACAGGGAUGCCUCCUUGCAUGAGUCUCAUGGCCGAGACUAGGAUUCUGAGAGAACAAACAGACACGCUGCGAGAAGAGUUGAAGGUUGGCAUGACAAGAAGGUUGACUGAAGAAGCGAGAUUCAUAGUACAGAUCUACCUGAAGAUUCUCGGACACGUCAUACGAAAAGUCUUCCAAGUCAAUUUGUGUGAUUGAUGCAUGCAACAAGAAAAUCGAGAAAAAACAGACUGGAUACUUGUCGUUGUUACCUAUACACGAUUGUCAUACAUUAUUACUAGAACAAGAAGUCCAGGGUAAGAGAUGCGACACAGACGUGGCUGCUUUCAUCAUUCUAGCAAAUACACGCAAUCACAUCAGAUGCUCUACCACCAAUGAAUUUCAAUCAAGUUCGUCGACAGGCAAGCUCAACACUGAGAAUCGACACGAACCCAAUGGCCAGAAGCUCGCACAUGAUGAACGCGACCAGGUGUUGAUAUCAUUUGACCCGACACCCUCUUGUUGUAUCUCUGAGGAAAGAACCUUGAGGCAAGCCUCGGUAAAAAAGUGCAUGCCUCCGCGAGAAGAAACAGCAGCCACCUCGUAUUCUACGCAGGACAUACAAACGGUUUGGCAGUUCAAGUUUUAUUAGCUCAUUUCAUACCUAGUCAUGCACAGUUACCAGUCGCC